AUGGAAAGCACAGGUACUAGUGUCCAAAAUGGCCUGCCUCACGGCCAAUACGUGACCAAUCCCCUGCCAAACGCGGCCGCAAAAUUAAGAUCGAUGUUGGCCGACCCAGCAAAGAUAGUUGUUUGUCCUGGUGUAUAUGAUGGUUUGUCGACAAGAUUGGCCCUGCAUGCGGGAUUUGAAUGCUUGUACAUGACCGGUGCAGGAACAAGCGUAUCGCGAGUCGGGACCCCAGAUCUUGGUCUUGCAACCUUGAACGACAUGAAGGAGAAUGCAGAAAUGAUAGCGAACAUCCAUCGCGACAUCCCAGUCAUAGCAGAUGCCGAUACUGGAUACGGAGGUCCGAUAAUGGUAGGCCGGACUGUCGAACAGUAUUGCCGUGCAGGGGUUGCCGCGUUGCAUCUGGAGGACCAGGUUGUGAAUAAACGUUGCGGACACCUUAACCAGAAAGAACUUGUUUCAGAAGAGAUCUUCCUAUCCCGCAUUCGAGCCGCCACUGAGAUGCGCAAAAUCGUCCGAUCCGACAUUGUCAUCAUUGCCAGGACAGACUCUUUGCAUGAGCUCGGGUUUGAAGCUGCACUGUUGAGGCUGAAGAAAGCCGUUGAAGUCGGCGCCGAUGUGGCCAUGCUUGAAGCCAUCCAAACAAGAGAGCAAGUCAGAAGACUGUGUGAGGUGCUCUCCCCUGUACCGGUGCUGUAUGGCAUGGUUCAAGGAUCCUCAACGCCUCAUCUCACGGUAACCGAGGCGCAAGAAUUGGGAAUUAAAAUCAUCAUAUAUCCCGGAGCCUGUCUGGCUCCCACCUUCAAAUAUGUCUCAGCAGCAUUGAAAAGGCUGAAGGAAACAGGCGAUGCGGAUAGAGACGUCCCAGGCCCACGGGAUAUGAUAGCAGUGUCUGGUAUGCGAGAGCUGAUUGAGUUUGAUCGUAAAGCUGGCGGGCUCUUGUUACAGGAUAUCUGA